AUGGCCCUCUCGAGUCAGCUCGUUGUGCCGAUGACGAUCUGGGGCAAAAAAGCUCCCGCUCAUUCCGUCAGUUGCCUUGUGCUCUCCAAGGAUAACACUACCCUGGUCACGGGGAGUCAUGAGGGUCAUCUUUGCAUUUGGGACGACUGUGGGGGUCAGCUGAUCCCCCGAGUCAUGUUACACGGACAUACGUCGAAGGUUGUCUGUCUCGCUACCGAGAGAAAUCAUCUGACGAACCAGCAGCUGUUGGUAUCGGCUUCCGAGAGCGGCGAAAUGUCACUGUGGGACAUGAAUGACUGUCGCUGCGUAGAGGCUGUCAAGCUACAGCAAGUUCACACAGAUAUUCGGGCGUAUACACUUACUGGGGCCGAAAUCCCACGGCUUUUCUGUUGCGGCUAUUAUGCAGAGAUCAUCGUCAUGGACAUGGUCAGUUUGACGGUUCUGUUUACGCUGAGUUCGAGAGUCGACUCGGACUGGAUUGCGGCCAUGGACAUUAUUCAUCCCGUCAAACGAAACGAUGAUAUUCUAGUAGCUCUGAGCUCCACCGGUUAUAUGAAGGUGUGGCGAGUCGACGAACAGGAGGCCCUUCAAAACGGAAAAGUCCUCUUCGAGGGAGAGUCGAAACCGAUCGACUGUUACCACGCCGUCGGUCUGUCGUGCUGCAUGUACAACCAGCGCACGGUCCUCAUAAUCUGUCCGCUCGCCUGGCACGUAUACGACGCCGGCGACUUUUCCCAUCUGUGUUCCCAGGAGGCGUAUAACGGCGAACGGUGGGCGGGCGGCCGCUUCCUCUCCACCGAUCAGAUAUUGUCGUGGACAAACACCGGCAAGGGAUAUAUUUACAAGAUUCCGCAGAAAGCAGUGCCCGGAACGGCACAGUUCCAUACGGUUAACGUGGAAAAGCCUAACUGCAUAGCUGUGCUGCAAGCAACUGCCGAGCCGAAUCUCGUUCAUCCGCCGUCGAGCAACUAUUUCCUCCUGACCAGAGACACUCUGCAGAAACAUUUCAUUCAAGGGGAUGCGAACGGCGCUGUGUACCGUUGGAAACUCCAUGAGCUCGAGCUGGUUUCCCUCGCACAGCCGGUUCUUCUGCCGGCCGUAUACAGUACGUCGUUGCAGGCGAGCUGGGAUCAGCUGAACCCGCCGCCCGUGGGUAUACUCGACGGAAUCGACAUCCCGGGAGCGUAUAUUACGGCGAGCGCCUACCUUCCGAUUCAGGGACAGCUCGCUUGCGGUCGGUCCGACGGCUCGAUCGUCAUCAUCUCGGUGAUCCAUUGCGUGAUGGCCCAGAUCCUAUGGGGCGCCAAACAUCUCGCGAACCGCCAACUGCUGACGCUCGGCGGCCACCAGGGCAAGGUGACGGCACUGCUGUAUCCGCACAACGUGAACACGCGAUACGAUGUCGCCCACCUGGUCUCCGGUGGGGUGGAUUUCUCCGUCUGUCUCUGGGAUCUAUACAGCGGGUCGUUGCUGCACCGUUUUUCCGUCCAUUCCGGGGAGAUACAAUUACUCCAAGUUCCGCCGGACUCGUGCAGCCAGCGCGUCCUCCAAUGCAUCUGCAGUAUCGGGGCCGAUCACGCAGUGUCGCUGCUGCACCUCAAGGACCGCAAAUGCAUUCUGUUGGCGUCGCGCCAUCUCUUCCCGGUGACCAACAUCAAAUGGAGGCCGCUCGACGACUUCAUGAUCGUCGGCUGCGCCGACGGUUCCGUGUACGUGUGGCAGAUGGAGACGUGCCAUCUGGACCGGGUGAUUCAGGGAAUGAUGGCCGAGGACAUUUUGAACGCCUGCGACGAGAACGUGAACGCGACCGGAGAGAAAAUCUCCAACCCCGCACUCCACCUGCUGCGCGGACUCCGGCACCGAAACAUUUCCGCAAUCAAGCACGCCGCGCAGCGUGGUCUCGUGCAGCUGCACAACACUCUCGAGGCGCAUAACCAGCGCAUGAACGACCCAACUCUGCCGUACAGGGCCCAUCCCCUGGUCAUCCAGGGCCUCCGAACCCAACAGCAGACCAUGGACGGCUGUCAGCAGGAUAGUCACGUUUUCUUUUUCGAUAUCGAAGCACUUAUCGUGCAGCUGCUGUCCGAGGAGUACUCGCAGAUGACUCCCGGAACGCUCGAAUCGCAAGGCUUCACCAACCAGACGGAAUACGUCAAGUACUACAGCUUGGCAUCGUUGCCCGAUGCCAACAAGACACUGGCCGGAUUCAUCGCUAAGGUCAAGGACACCGCCGAGUCCGCUGCGUCCAAGAUUCAAGCUACCGCGCAAGCCACCGCAGAGAGCGUCGGCAUCAAGUCAGCUGUUGUGCCUGAAGCAAAAUCCAAAGACAGCCCGACCGCCAAGCCCGGCGGCUUUAUGUUCGCCGAAACCAAUCAGACGAUGCAGAUCGCGCAGCUAUUACUCUCUCAAUUGCACGCUUGGGGCCUCGACCAGGGCCUGGAUCAAGUUUGCCAAGCGAAGCUCGGCUUGCUCCUGCCCAUCAGACCAGCUCACUUUGGUCUAUUGUCACGCAGCGGACACAUGGCGUUGUUUCUGCCCACCCACAUGUAUAAACUCUAUCCGGCCACCCAACUGUCUAGUCAAGCGUCCGGCGGUCCGGCCCGAUCGGUCACGAUCAACGUCGCCAAGGAAGUCCUGCAGGAAGAGGAGAGGGCCCGGCGCUUCGCCAGCCAAGGCCACUGGGAACUGGCCAAGGCUCUCACCACCAACCAUCUGCUGAGCCUCGUCGCGUUGGCCAACACGCUCAUGUCUAUGAACAGCGCCACGUUCAUAGAUGAGCAGGAACGGCGACGCAAACUCAACCGGAAGCUCAGCAGGGCCGACAGCCGGGUCGGCUCCGAGUCGGCCAAACAGGCCCAGGACGCCCAGAACAACCAGAACAUGAUCAAGGACGGCUGGAGCCGUCUGGCCACCCACCACUGCGUCCAGCUGCCGGAACUGGUGAAGAGCGACAAAUACAAGAGACCUCAACUGGAGAUGUUGGCGAGGAGAUGGCAAGAUCGAUGCCUCGAGGUUCGGGAGGCGGCGCAAGCGUUGCUGCUGGCUGAACUCCGAAGCAUCGGACCCGAAGGUCGGCGUAAAGUCAUCGAUUCCUGGUCGCUGUUCCUGCCCAACUACAGCGAGCACCAGCUGCCGCCGCUGCCCGGCCAGCCGGGACAUCCGGGCGGCGCUCCGACGGGCGCGACGCACAACCCCGCGCACGAGGACGGCGAGGAGUCCGAGGACGACGACGACGACAAGAUCAAGCUGCUCUCGGCCGUCACCGAGGCCAAACGGAAACAGUCCACGGCCGUCGUUCUGUUGGCCGUCAUCGGGGCGACGUACGGCAGCGCGGAACUCGAGAAGAAAACCGUCUCGAACAAAGACGUUUCCCUCACCCGACACACCGCCCAAGCCCUGAGCUACCUGCUGCUCAGCCAGGCCUGCAACCAACUCCCAGCUCACACCUCCCUCCGGCGGGCGGCCAUAGAUCUCAUCGGACGAGGCUUCACCGUCUGGGAGCAUCAUUUGGACGUGACGCGAGUCCUCAUCGGACUGCUCGAACUCUGUUGCAACUCAGACAAACUCGUACCGACCAUGACGUACGGGCUGCCUCUGACGCCGUCGGCCGACUCGUGUCGGUCGGCACGGCAUUCCUUAUCGCUUAUCGCAACGGCACGACCGCCCGUCUUUAUCACUACGUUGGCCAAAGAGGUGCAUCGUUACAACGCGUUGGCUCAGAACGCUCAAACACUGCCAACGACGCUGUCCCAGACGGUGCUCCAUCGAGCGAAACCGGAGAUCAUUCGUAUCGUGGAACUGCUCAUCGAGCGUGUCCAGAACGACGUGCACGAUCUGCUCGUCGAAGUGAUGGACAUCGUGCUCCACUGUCUGGACGCAUCGCAACUUAAGCUUAAAGGUCUUCAGGAACUCUUUCCAGCUGUUUGCCGCUUCCACAACGUGACCCACUGCAGCGCGACCCGACGCAUCGCCGUCGGUGCCAAGUCGGGCUCGAUCGCGCUCUACGAACUCAAAGCCGCCAAGUGCCAGAACAUCGUGGCGCACAAGUCCCCGGUCACCGCGGUGGCUUUCUCGCCCGAGGGCAAAUAUCUCGCUUCGUACGCGGCCGGCGACGACAAACUGUCGUUCUGGCAGACGGCGUCGGGUCUGUUCGGUCUCGGCAAUUCUCAGACCAAAUGCCUGAAGACGUGCAACACUCCGGCGCUCCCCGAGACGGCGCGCAACAAUCCGCUCAGAAUGGGCAGGCUUAUAUGGCCAACGAACAAGUCUGUCUAUCUGAUACUCGACGACGGAACCCAACACCCGUUCUCACUGUGAGCGGUCCAAUUCCUCGUCGUCGUCGUUGUCGCCGCCGCCGCUGCCGCUGCUGUUGUCGCCGCCGCCGCCUGUGCUCUAUUGCAAAUGUGUAGCGACGCUGCACGACUGUUCCGGCUCCAUGCUUCGUCGGAACAGCUUUCCGGCCUUCUCUCAACCUCACUCAGUUCCACUUCGUCUUCAUGAGCUCUAAGGUUAAUUUCGAGUGUCUGUACCGAAGGCUCACCGUACAGCUCGCUGGCCGCUCUCACGACAACACUUCUCGUGGAAAAUCGCGUUCGUUUGCUGUU